AGAGAAGUGUGCUUGUUUCUAGCCAUCAUUAGUGGAGGCCUCUUCAUUAGCUUGGUGGCUGCAGGUGGAGGAGAUUGGAACAUUUUGAAUCAUCAUCACAAAAACAGGCCAUUCAAUGUGAAUGUAAAUGUACAUGUGAGUGGUGGCAACGGCGGUGGCAGUCACAGCGGCAGCCUGAAGAAUUACUGCGAGAGUUGGAGGAUGAAUGUGGAGAUGAACAACAUAAGGGGAUUUGAAGUAGUUUCUGAAGAAUAUAUUGACUUCAUAGGAAAAUACAUGACCUCUUCUCAGUACAAGGCUGACUCCGAGAGGGCCAUCGAAGAGUCUUCACUCUAUCUCAGUAGUUGCUGCUUUUUCAAAGGUGAUGGCAAAGAUGCAUGGAUCUUUCACAUUGAUGACACCCUCUUAUCUACUCUACCUUACUUCAAGAAACACCACUUUGGGAGGGAGAAGCUGAAUGUGAGCUGUUUGGAAAAAUGGAUGAGAGAGAGUAAGGCACCGGCUCUUGAGCGCACAGAGAGACUGUUCGAGGAGAUAAAGAGGGAAGGGGCUUGGUGCUUUUUGAUAUCCUCCAGAAGGGAAUCCCUCAGAGAUGCCACUGUUGAUGACCUCAUCAGGGUUGGAUAUCAUGGAUGGACUUCUCUCAUAAGAUAA